GCGUCCGUUGCUGUUUCGCAGGCUGCCCCACCUCUCAGCUGCAAUGUUUCCGACAUUGUGUUGACUCUGCCCGCGAAUCAGACGCACCUCACGCCACCGAAUGCGACCUUGAGCUAUGUCGCUCUCGGUGUCGGUGUGCAGAAUUACACCUGCUCGAAUACCUCGACCUGGAUUAACGUCGGCGCCGUCGCAGACCUCUUUGACAUCUCCUGCCUCUACAACACCCCACUCUUCAACACCAUCCCCAACAUCACUUUCGCGGCAUGGAACAUCACGCCCGCGUCUGUCAUCCCGCUCGAGCUGAUAUCCGCCUUCUCGGGGGAUCCGGUCGUGCUCGGCCAGCACUACUACGUGCCCAACCCCGCCGGAUCAGGCGUCAGCCCCAAAUGGGACUUCACCUCCGCGCGUCUGAAGGGCCACUCCGACGCGUACGCGAUCGGCGCGCGCGUGGGCGACCUGCCCGCGCCGACGGGGCCGGCGGACAUCGAUUGGGUGCAGCUGAACGUCGUUCAGGGGGAUUUGGCGACUGUCGUGUACCGCACCCAGACAAGGGGCGGGCAACCGCCUGCGUCGUGCGCCCCCGGUUCGCCGCUUCUAUCUGUCAGGUAUACGUCGCAGUAU